UGUAAAUUCUUAGAAAUAUACAUUUUUUCAUAGAAUCAUAUUUCAUGAAGAAAUAUUUUGCGUAUAUUUUUAAACGUUAAUAUUAUUUCUUUCCAAAAUCUCGACUAAGAUUUUCUUUUUAUUCCAUUGACUUUAUUAAAAAGUAAACUUCUAUGUGUUGACCUAUCAGCUCACCUUUAGUACAACAUGUUGCGGGUACCUUUGUUUGCGGUUCUUGUGAUUCUUGGUUUGUAUGGAUUGCCAAAGGAAAGUCAUGCCGAUGAAGACGGCGACGAUUACUAUGGAGAUGACUUUUACUACCAAGAGUACCCGGAGCCGGAGGAACCGACGCUAAUUUCCAGUCAGAAACUCUCGGAAAUCGAGAACAUAACCCAGCAGAUAGUUAUUAGAUUAAUAAAAAGAGAAAAUAGGAUAAUGAGCAAAAACAUGGAUGAUGCCAGUGAAAAAUGCGUUAAACUUGGGGCAAUCUUUGAGGAAAAGUGCGAUAAAUGUCAGGCGAAACCGAAUUUGAUCGCCGUCGUAUUAAAUAAAGCCAAGGAACUACUGAAGCUUCAUCCCCUAUACUGGAAAAUACAAAUUGGAAAGAAAAUACUGAAAGGUUUGAAGCGUAUACGUGUUCGUAGAAUUGUGAAGAAUAUUGGCAAGGAUAUCAAAGGACUCGGGAAAAAAAUUGGAAAAGUUUGGCGCAAGGUUGGCAGCAAGGUACGACGAACUGUAAGAAGAAUUACAAGGAGACUUAGGAGAGUGGUGAGAGUAAGGGUCCGCUUACCGAGGGUUCGUGUCCGAUUGCCUCGGGUCAGACUCCCAAGAGUGAGGCUGCCACGUGUAAGGGUCAGGUUCGGAAGAAGGAGAUGGGGAAAGAAGAAGAGAUCCUCCUGCAGUGAUUGUGAGAGAAUGUCAAAAAUGAGUGAAGAUGAUCAACUUAAUUCAUUGUGUCCUUUCUUGUUAAGUGUGAACAAGAAGAGCCUACAGACGGACGGAUUCCUAAAUGCAAUUGUGUCCGAAGUAGAGAGCGGUUUUCCAAAGCUUGAAAAGAUCUUGCACCAUCACUACUUAAGCUCUGACGAAGCUGACGUCACCAUUUCUGCAAAGGAAGGAAAGCAUUCCUACAAACUGAAGAACUUCAGCGAGCUCAGCAGCGAACAGAUCGGACGGGCGGUCGGUCGUUACAUCUUUAACAGAGCGAAACCGAAACAAUGAUCUACCAAAUGUCAAAUGUGCUAUUGAUGAGAAUAAAACAACAUAAAACGAUU